ACCCAGAACACAACCCCGGCACCACCAGUGAGAACACCGGCAACUCAAGAACUGAACCCAAAAGCAAGGGAUUACAACCACAACACGCCAUACAUAAGCCAAACAAACUAACCUGCCAAGAAUCUCGACGAAGAGUACAACAGCCCACAGAAGACAGAGGAAGCUUGCAGGAGCCAACAAAACUAGAAAUAGUUGGACUCGCCGUCACAAGGGACUCCACCAGAACCUAGAUAGAUCUAAAGAAAGGAAACUAAAGCCCUAAGAACUAUAACUAGGCUAUAGACUAACUACGCUGGGUGUCGAUUCACUGAAUCCCAUCCACCCCCGAGAUCAGGAAGGUCACGGGAUGGAGAGAUCUGAUGAGAUCGAUGCCCAAAAGCGAAGUUGCCUCCUCGGUCGCCCGCUCUCUGCUGGAGAAGGGGAUAAAGACCAGCAGGAUCAUGUGUGUAAGCAUGUACAAGACACUGGAGCGGUACCGCAGCUGCAGCUACUCAUCGGAAGCAUCAGCUCCAGUGGAGGCUGAAUUGAGUAAUUACCAGGAUUAUUUGAAGUUAAAGACAAGAAUUGAAUUCCUACAAACAACUCAGAGAAAUCUUCUUGGUGAGGACUUGGGUCCACUUAGCACAAAGGAGCUUGAACAACUUGAGAACCAGAUUGAGAUAUCCCUCAAGCAUAUCAGAACGUCAAAGGACCAACAGUUGCUUGAUCAGCUCUUUGAGCUCAAGCGUAAGGAACAACAACUGCAGGAUGCUAAUAAAGAUUUAAGAAGGAAGAUACGAGAAACUAGUGGAGACAAUGUUUUGCAAAUGACUUGCCAGAACAUUGGGCCUAGUGGAUCUAGUGGCCAUGCUAAUGAAGCUAACCAAGAUGUCCUCAAUCCUGCUGCUUGUGACCCUUCCCUGCAUAUAGGGUAUCAAGCGUACUUCGACCACCUGAACAAUGAAUGAGUCGCUUAGUGCUCUAACGGCUGUUUCCUAUAUAUGUUGGAUAUGAUGAAUUAGAAAAAAUCCUCAACUUUACCCAUCAGUUCUAGCUUGUACCACACUAUGUACUGACUAAAAGCUCUUGUUUUGGAUUCUUUUGAGUUAUGAAAUAGAAUGAUCUCGGAGAACCGCAUGUCCAUAAGCAUACUGCUCCUUUCAAUUAUAAAUACAUACCAUUUUAGAUAA